AUGGCUCCCUCUCACGCGUUUAGGUGCUGUAAACGGGCUCUGAACUGGAUACCUGUCCUGUUUAUCAACCUGGUUGUCGGCUGGUCUUAUUAUGCCUAUGUGGUGGAGCUCUGCGUGUAUACAAUCCCAGAUAAUGCAGAACGAAUCGGCUAUUUGGUCAUCUUCCACAUUUUCCUCUUCAUGUUCAUAUGGUCUUACUGGAAAACUAUCUUGUCCAAACCAGCCAGCCCCUCAAAAGCGUUUGCUCUGCCCAGAACAGAGAAGGAGCUGUAUGAAAGAGAGGAGCGGGCCGAGGUGCAGCAAGAGGUUCUGAAGAAAGUGGCCAGGAAUUUACCUGCUUAUACACGCACGGCAGGAGGAGCCAUCCGAUACUGUGACCCCUGCCAAGUAAUCAAACCUGACCGCUGCCAUCACUGCUCCACCUGUGAAAUGUGCGUACUGAAAAUGGACCAUCACUGCCCCUGGGUGAAUAACUGUGUCGGAUUCUCGAAUUACAAGUACUUUGUCUUGUUCUUGGCCUACGCAUCACUCUACUGUUUAGUCAUUUGUGCCACAGUCGUCCAAUAUUUCAUCAAAUUCUGGACCAAACAACUGCCUGAUACGCAUGCAAAAUUCCACAUCUUGUUUUUGUUUUUUGUGGCCGCACUGUUUUGUAUCAGCAUCCUGUCACUUUUUUGCUACCAUCUCUGGCUUGUGGGAAAGAACAGGACCACUAUAGAGGCUUUUAGGGCUCCUGUCUUCAUAAAUAGUCCAGACAAAAAUGGAUUUUCGCUUGGCUUUCGCCGAAAUGUAGCUGAGGUGUUUGGAGACCAAGUGAAGUACUGGUUCUUUCCUGUUUUCUCAAGUCUGGGGGAUGGACAUUCCUUUGUUACCAGACUGGUACACAUAGAUCCUGAACAAGCAAACAGUGUCCUUCAGCAAAAUGGCAAAAGCCUUGUUGAUGAGGAGGGCAACACUCGCGUGCUUGGUAACAAUGUACAACACUCAGUGGACGAAAGCAAAGAGAAAACUGAUGGAGGCCAGAUAGUCUCUGUGACAAUGGACAGUGACCCAUAGCAGGUUGCAGGCACAUCAGUAAAGAGUUCGUCAACUACGAUGCCUUAAACCAGGAUCAUCAGCACAUCCACAGGAGCUGUCCUCCAACCUCAUUCUGAUAGUGCAGCCUCAGGUCGAAUGUUUUAUAUGGACCAUUUGUGCUUUUUAAAAGUAGUACCACAACAAUAUUGUUAUGAUGUGAACAGAGGUUAUACAAUGACCUGACAGACUGCACCAGUCUGAACCAGAAGUGAUUCACAAGUGUUGUCUUUGUUACCAGCCGAAGACAUUCAGAUUAUAUUAUUUGAAAACUCUGGGGCUGCUUUUUCUCUGAACUGAAUGGAUUAAUCACAACUAGGGACUCACCCUUUGUAUCAGUAUUAAUCAAAAAGUAAUAAUUAAGCCUCACAUGUGUUUGUAGAACAGUGAGUGCUACAGAAGUGAUAGUUGUCUUCAGGACAUAAUUGACUAGAAGUGAAAACUCAACUCUAUGAAACAUGUGCGCAAUAUAUCUGAGCAGAUUUUAACUUUGAGCACAGUGCAAUUAUUAAGACCAGUCGUCAGUUAUCAAACGGUCUGAUUCAGUUUACUGUUUACAUCAUUGAAUAUAUUUAAUGGUCUUUCUGUUUACACUAUUAAUAUAUUUAUUUUUUGCUGUUUUUUAUAUGAUGAGUAACCUAAGCUUCAAAUGAGGACCAAAUCCACUUUAACUGCUGUUUAAGUACUUUCUCAUUCCAAAUCAUUAUUUAAGACAUCAAUAGGUUGCAUGAAAUUCAGAGUAAUGAUCAAUUAUUGACAUUCUCCAUUGCACUAUACAUACUUGUAAUUUGUUUUAAAACUUUUAUAAAUUAAUUGCAUUUUCUUUUCACGUUUUAUUGAUUUUAUUGAAAUGGCUCGUUUUUAUUUAUAUGUAUUUUUGUUUUAAUGUUUGUCAUCCUCAUUACUUCCAUUUAAUUUCACAUUUGUGGUUACUUCUUUGUGGUGUAUUUAUAUAAACUGAAUCACUCUUGAGUGUUAUCAUUUUAGGAUUCAAUUGUCAUCAUUUUUCCAGUUUGAUGAUAAGAUUUAUUUGAAAGUUGGAAAGCAAGAGCACAAAAUAAAAUAUAAAAACUGCCAAUAAACAUAUACUAAGAUUUCGUCAGAGAAGUCAAGGAGCUUUGAUCCGUUUUGACCUUGAACGUGAACCAGGAUAGAUAAGCAGGUGAUAGCCUGGUGAUGAAAGAGGAAGCUGGUGUCAUUAUAAAUGCUCAUCUCAGUGCUCCUGGCAACUGGUUCAUUUUUAUUACAUUCCUUUUAGUGGAAAUGAUGCACAGCACAGUGUUGGAUUUGCCUGAGUGAGCAGUUAAUAAUUCUGUGUAGAUAUUACUGACUGAAUGUACUCACAACCUCACAGUAGUUUAAUUACUAAAACUACUCAAUGCACCCCCCAACAGAGAUAUCUGCUAAUGUAGUUAUUCCUGUAAAAAAACAGCUUUUUUAUUGGGGAAAUGAUUAAUGUUCUGUAAUAAUAAAUGUAAUGU